CGCCCCGCGGCGGCGGCGGCGCCAGGAUGAGCGGGAGGCGGGUGGACGCCAAGGUGGUGCUGCUGGGGCAGGAGGGAGUGGGCAAGAGCAGCCUUGUGGAGCGCUGCGCCCACGGCCGCUUCCGCGCCGGGCCCUACCAGAACACGAUCGGAGCCGCUUUCGUGGCCAAGGUGAUGAGCGUGGGGGACCAGACAGUGACUCUGGGCAUCUGGGACACGGCGGGCUCGGAGCGCUAUGAGGCCAUGAGCCGCAUCUACUACCGGGGAGCCCGGGCUGCCGUCGUCUGCUACGAUCUCACUGACAGUGGCAGUUUCCAGCGAGCCAAGUUCUGGGUGAAUGAGCUGCAGAACUGUGAGGAGGGCUGCCGGAUCUACCUGUGUGGCACCAAGAGUGACCUGCUGGAGGAGGACAGGAGGAAGCGGGGCGUUGACUUCCACGAUGUGCAGGACUACGCUGACGAGAUCAAAGCAGACCUCUUUGAGACCUCCAGUAAAACGGGCCAGAGCGUGGACGAGCUGUUCCAAAAGGUGGCUGAGGACUAUGUCAACUUCUCUGCCUUCCAGGUGAUGACAGAGGACAAGGGUGUCAACCUGGGCCAGAGGAACAGUCCCUACUUCUACAGCUGCUGCCACCACUGAGCCCCUGUGCCAAAAGGGAAUCGCUGCUGCUGGAUGGGCAGCUGGCACGUGCUGGACUGCUCCGGUUUUUUACCUGCUGUGUUUUAGCUGUUUGUGCCUGGCGUCAGCACAGCCUACGGACUGCUCUCCUGGCACACAGAGCGGCACAGGGCUGCCGUGCACUGCCGGGAAUCAUGGACUGUCACCCUGGGGACCCCCCUCCCUGCCACCUGUGGUGCUUGUGGGAGCUGUGGUGGCCCAACGGUGGCCAGUAACUUAUUCUCUCAGAGAUGCUCGAUUCUUUGCAGAUUUAUUUAAGCGUCUUCUCUCGAGGUGUACAAUGUAAAUAAAACGCGUUGUGGUCUGA